ACCAUUGAACCAUAACAUUCAAAAACUACAAAUGGUCGCGAGUGCUUGUCGAAAUGUUGCUCGUCUGGGCUGUAUUUUAUUUACUGUUUUUUAACACAGUUCAAUGCGUAUUUAAAGAGCUAUAUUGCACCAUAGCAGAUACAUGUGAAUGCGACUUUAAGCCAAAUAUACGAGACUUGGAAUGGGACCUAUACACCAAUCUCUACGGACAACAUCUAGCUCAGGACAUCGUGUCCGAAGAGGUGAAGAACUUUCUGGCCAACAAUAAUCCCGACCGGCCGCUGGUACUGUCUCUCCACGGGGGUUCCGGUACCGGGAAGACCCUCCUCAGCUCCAUGCUGGCCUCCCACCUGUACACUUCUGCGAUGAGCAGCAGCUACGUCCACCACUUCAUCCCCACCCUCCACUUCCCCGCCCAUGAGAGAGUCAAUAUGUACCGGGCGGAGCUGAAGGCGUGGGUGGAGGGUAACCUGACGGCGUGCGCCCGCUCCGUCUUCAUCUUUGACGAGAUGGAGCGGAUGCCCUCCGGGGUGCUGGGGGUGCUGGAGCCCUUCCUUGGGCCGUCCCACGUGUUGUUCCAGACCAACUACCGCAAAGCGCUCUAUCUCUUCAUCAGUACGACGGGGGAGGAGGUGAUCAACAGGAUGGCUUUGGAAUACAGACAGGAGGGCAGGGACCGAGAGGAGAUCCGGGCUUCGGACCUCCAGGACGCCAUCGCCGAGGCCGUCUCCAAAACCAACUCUAGUGGAUUCUCCGGGUCAAGUAUCAUCGAGGACGGUCUGGUGACUCGCUUCGUCCCCUUCCUGCCGCUGUGUCGACGCCACGUGGAACGCUGCACCCGCCAACAGCUGUGCCAGCAGGGGAUGUGUGGGCGCAGUGACGUGGUGGAGGCAGUAGGGGGCGACAUGCACUACACUCCCUUGCAGGAACAGUACUUCUCCAUCAGCGGGUGCAAGGCUGUCCCUGCCAAAAUAAACCUCUUCCUGUGACCCAUUGAGAGGUGCGCUUGGUGUCUGGACUGAUAGGGGAGGGGCAGGUGGCCGGGACCUGUGCCCAACCUGGGACCCAGGGCAGCAGAGCCAAAACGGUUUAGUGGGUUGUUGGUUGAGACUCUAUUCCCAACCUCAAAUCAACCGUUGAUGGUUGAAUCAAGAAUUUCCUGAUGAAACCUUGAACUGAUGAGAGGAUCAAUGUGUUGUACACUAAGAGGAUUUAACUUCCACUAGGAUGUUUGGCUCAAGAGCAGCCCUGUUUCAUACACUUCCAACCUGCAGUAGUAAUGUAGUUAAACUUCUCGCAUUACUUUGGCAUGAUUCAUAAUGCUAGCAUUAUUACUUUGCCUUACAGAGUGAUUUAUUGCUAUGAAUAAGGUAUGGAAACGACAUGACUUUCAUGACACUAGGGGUCAAUCAAGACUCAAUGCAUCUAUAUAUUGACCUGUGAGGGCUUUUGUUUACUUUUCCGUUCCUUUGAUUAUUUAUUGUUUAACUGUAUAUUUUUAUUCUACAGUCUUGGCUUGAUUUGUCAUUGAACAUAAAGUUUCCAGUCCAAGGUAACUUAAAGGGAACAUUACCGCUCACUCAUGAGAUUCAGAUAUAUAAGUAUUGACAUUCACCUGCAUCUGUCUUAAUCUCAGCUUCUCUGUACUCCAUUUUUAUUAUCUAUAUCACUGGCGUUGCAAUGGUUUAAUAAUGACAAAACAACAUAAUUUUUUUCUUGAUUAGUCUCUGCUUCGCACUCCAUUGAUCCGGUGUGUGUGAUGACACACUCCAGCGAUAGGAGGCUACCAUUUCCUGGUUGGAUUCCGACCUCUCACCCAGAUGCAGGGCUAAUGCCUUGUUCUAUGAAUAGGGGUACAACAUCUUUGCCGUAUUUUAAUUGGUCCACUUGUGCCUUAUUAUAGUGCACUAUUUAGGGCAUCACCAUUUUGUAGUGUUGAAUUGGUCUACUUGAUACCAUAAUAUACUGUCAAGCAAGUGUGCUACUGAUUCAACCCAUCACUUGUUACCUAAAUAGUGUACUACAUAGUGCAAAUAGGAAAUGAGGGAAUAAGUGAGCCAAAACGAACAUAGCCAUUGUGUUAUAGGAAGGUAUUACUGCACCAUCAACAUGUUUAGGACAAAUAGGAUGAAUGCUGUCAUGAAUAAAGUCCUGAUUGGUCCUACUAAUUUAUAAA